UGGUCAAGCAAAAAGAUUACAGGUUGCCACUUGUAAUUUUAGUGACUCGUAUAUGUACUAAUAUUAUACAUACAUAUAUGCCUAGUACAUUCUUUAUAUCUAUAUCUAUGUCUAUGCCUAUAUAGGUCAUAUUUAGCAAGAGUUUAUACAAAAUUAGAGAGGGAGGGAGGCAGAGGAUUCUUCCUUUUUCUAAGCCGUUUGUAACCCAACAAAACCUGUAGAGGCACAGAGAGUGAGAGAGAGUGAGUGAUGGAGAGAGAGAGUGAAAUGAAGCAAUCCAAGUUCAAGAGGAUUUGUGUCUUCUGUGGGAGUAGCCAGGGCAAGAAGAGCAGCUACCAAGAUGCUGCUAUUGAGCUUGGCAAAGAAUUGGUCUCAAGGAACAUUGAUCUGGUCUAUGGAGGAGGUAGCAUUGGCCUCAUGGGUUUGAUUUCACAAGCUGUUCAUGAUGGUGGUCGGCAUGUCAUUGGAGUUAUUCCCAAGACGCUCAUGCCUCGAGAGUUAACUGGUGAAACUGUAGGGGAAGUGAAGGCUGUAGCAGAUAUGCAUCAAAGGAAAGCAGAGAUGGCUAAGCAUUCUGAUGCUUUUAUUGCCUUACCUGGUGGGUAUGGGACUCUAGAAGAGCUACUGGAAGUGAUAACAUGGGCUCAACUUGGCAUACACGAUAAACCGGUGGGGUUGCUGAAUGUUGAUGGAUUUUACAACUCACUACUGCUAUUUAUCGACAAAGCUGUGGAAGAAGGUUUCAUAAAUCCAACUGCGCGGCAUAUCAUUGUAUCAGCGCCAACAGCUAGGGAAUUAGUGAAGAAACUUGAGGAGUACGUUCCUCGCCAUGAAAGAGUCGCUUCAAAGUUGAGCUGGGAGAUUGAGCAGCUCGGCUACCCUCAAAAGUACAAUAUCUCUAGAUGAAAUGAGUUUGUGCUUUAAGGCAGAUCUAGCAGUGACAAUGGGCUAACUUUUAAAAAAAAACAAAAAUUGAUAUUUUUUGAUGUGAAGGGAUUUUUAUUUUUAUUUUUAAAAUUUUUGUAAAUUACUGGCUGCAAAUGACCUCACUGUGUCAAGUUUUAUUAUUCUCUUCAAUUGGAAGUUUGGUUUUCCAUUUUUUGUAAGUACUAGAUAUGCAUAUGAAAUUUUCCUUCUUAAUUAUAGCUUAUCCAA